CCGCAUGUACAGAUGUGUAUCUUAAUAAAAUGUACACAUACGUAUAAUAAUUUUGAUCGUUAUCACGUUGUGUAAUCCGCCGUGUCGGCCGAUACAGGGGAAUCGUAAAAAUCGCGCUUGAUUAAGUGUUUAUCAGCGUCGUGAUAAAGGCGCCGGUCGGACGCCAGUCAGUGCUCAACCACUUGCCGACACCACGCGGCUCUCGUGUUGUUUGGAAAUGAUUUUAUUUGUAGGUAAAUAAAUAAAUAAAUAAUUUUAAUUUUUGUAUAAAAUAUCUUUUCGAAACACUGUGCGCCGUGUUUAUUUUUAAAGUGAAUGCAAAUAAAUAUUAGUUAAUUUAAAGACAUAUUUGGUACUACAAAGUUUCUGCCGUAGGGUUGGUUUUCUUAUCAAAGAUGAAGACACGGCCGUAAGCUAUGUGAGGACGAGGAAUGGGGAAACGAGAACGAGGCGAUGCCGGGAGAACCUCGCACGCCGAGCUCGGGGGGCGAGCGGCCCGCAUCCAGUGGCGGCGCAUCGCCCGCGUCGGCGGGCUCGCCAGCCGCCUCGCCGCCCCGCCUGCGCCUCAACACCAGCCUCGCCACUGACCCUGCGCUGGCGCCACAAGCGACGGCACUCAAGUGUGAGCCGCCAUCACCUUCGCCCCCGCCUCCACCAGCACCGCAGCCGCGAGACUACCUCGCGAUGCCAGUAACCGCCUUCCCCGGGAUUUUUGCUGCAAACACCGCACCGAGCUACAUAUGCAAGCCGUGUGGCAUCAGAUACUCGUCUCUUAGUACCUUGCAAGCGCAUCAAGAACAUUACUGCUCUAAUAGGAAGCCUAAACCGCCAGAAUCAACCGAAGCCGCAACAGAUGCCACAGUAGACGAGUCAAGCGGUGACGCAAAAACUCCGCGCCCCGCCGGCAAACAAUACGCGUGCACAUUCUGCUCAUACAGCGCUGACAAGAAAGUUAGUUUGAACCGUCACAUGCGGAUGCAUUCGUCGUCGCCCGUAAGCAGCGGCACGCCGGCGCCCACGCCGACCUCCAACGGUGAGGUGGCCGAGAGCCCGCCGGCGCCGGACCGGUACUGCGCCGACUGUGACAUCCGCUUCAGCUCGAUAAAAACCUACCGAGCACACAAAGCUCACUAUUGUAGCACGCGACAAGUGGUGAAACAAGCUUUGCAGGCCAUCAGGUCCGGCUCCGCGACCUCAGGGUCCGCUCCGCCAUCUCCAGGGGCUACACCUCCAGCACAAAACCAAUACGCCUUAGCGCUACCCACCAAUCCGAUCUUGAUUGUACCAUACUCUUUACUACGAAGCGCCAGUACUCUCCCGGGAACAACGUUGCCGGACCCUGACACGCCGUGCUUCUUGCUGCCGAAUGGCACGUUCCAACCACUGAGUCAAGCGUUACCAAAUAUCAAUGCAGACGGGAAAGCACCGGAGGUUCUCAAGUCAGCAAACCGACCUAGGGAGCCGUCAAGAGAUGGUGCAACCCCUUUAGAUCUUAGUGUGCGUCGUUCUCCAGAAUCUAUGACGACUGACGAACAUGAGAAAGAAAAUAGGAUGAGAUCAGCAACUCCAGAGCAGAUCGUUUGCGCUCCAUCGCUGCCCGGCUCGCCAGGAACCCCGUCACCGUCGCGCCGGUCUUCGUCUCCGAGCGGCGAGAGCUCUCCAAAGCGACGCCGGCGAAAUUCAAGAGACCCUACACCAAAACCGCCGAGUGUACCAUCACCACCUGAAGAAAAGUUCACGCCAGUAGUUCCCCCUCCGAUCAUACCUCCAGCAUUAGCGUUAAGACUCGCUUCCGAGCUGCCUGUGACUGCAGCGUCUCCCCAAGUGUUAGUCAAACAAGGCGUAUCCAAAUGCAAAGAGUGCAAUAUCGUGUUCUGCAGGUAUGAGAACUACCGCGUACAUAAAAGACAUUACUGCUCCGCUGGUAGCGGGGAGGAGAGAGCGAGUCCCGCCCCUCCCGAACCGGGACCUCCGCCACAGUACCGUCAGCUCAUCUGCCUCGCGUGCGGUAUUCACUUUAGUUCACUGGACAACUUGACGACGCAUCAGUCGUAUUACUGCACCAAGCGGGAGACUCGAUCGCCGAGGAACGUUCCGGAAGCUCCACGGCCGUCAUCGGGAUCGGAGGGCGGGUGGAAGUGCCCGUGCUGCGACGUGGUGUCGCCGACGGCCGCCGCGGCGCAGCGCCACAUGGAGGCGCACGCCGGCGUUAAGGCGUUCCGUUGCACCAUCUGCCGAUAUAGAGGGAACACCCUUCGCGGCAUGCGCACGCACAUUCGCAUGCACUUCAAUAACAAGAAACCCGUUGAUUUACAGGAAGAAACCUACAUAGCCUGCGUGCUCGAGGAUGACAGUCGGGAGACGACGUCCCCCAGCCCCGUGGUGGCGGGCGAGCGGGUGCACCGCUGCAGCAGCUGCGCGUACACGUCCACGUACCGCGGCAACGUCGUGCGCCACGCGCGCCUCGUGCACGCCGCCGACGAGCCCGACGACGAGCACACCUCGCCCGUGCCCGCGCUCGACAUCAAGAAGGAGCCCGACGCCGAGCUCGACGAAACGCCGAACUAUUGCAAAUCCUGCGACAUAUCCUUCAAAUACGUCAACACUUACAAGGCUCACAAGCAGUUUUACUGCACGGCGAAUAACCAGGACGCCGCCGCCAACAAUAACGUCCCGGCGCCCCCUCCCAGAGUCAGCGAUACUCCUGUACUAUGAAUUUCGCGAAACGUGUUGACAUCGAUAACCAAUAUCAAAAUCGAAAUGUCAUCGAAUAGUAAUAGUUGUCAAAAUAUCGACUCGUAACAAAACUGAAUCUAUUAACUUAUCCAAUAUUGGACAUAUUGCUAGCGAAUUAAAAGCUUAAGUUGCUUCAAGAAUUCAUCUUGAUAUUUAGAUAAGUGUGUAUCCUAUCGUCUGUUUGGAUUGAAACCGUGUGCAAUAAAUUUAAUAUUAAACUUGCAUAUCAAUUGCAAAUCGAUGUUUUCUAAAUUCAUUCGAAAUCGAUUACUGUAUAUACAAAUCUUGAAGUUUUUGUUACUGUUAUGUAAAAAUAGAAAAAUGUUAACCUUUCUUGCAUUAGUAUACGUUAAGAAUUACCAAAAUGUAAAUACAUUGUAAAGAUAUUAUUAAAUUGUAACUAAAUUUUAUUACCAUUUGUUUCUAAGUAAUUGUUCUUUCUUUGUUGUUAAUUUUUUUUAGUGUAGGACAAUUCCAUGCCAAGCAAGUAAUGCUCAUUGCUGUCGUAAACCGACCAGUGGUUUCUCCCAUACUUUUUGGUACCUACAGGAAGCUGUAAGCUAAUAAUGUUAUUAUAAUGAAAUAUCGAGGCUACUUUAUUAUUUCAAAUAUUAUUUUCGCAAACAAAGAGGUGUCUGUUUCCGUUUUCCGUUAUACCUACAUUUGUAAUAACAGACCUGUACUAAAGUUUAUGUUAGAUUAACAAAAAACGAUCGCUUCUAAAAUCAUUUUUUCGCAGUACCACAUAAUUGUAUUUCCCAAGUAAUAUUUGAGUGUUUAAAAAGUGAAUACCAUGUUUUGUCUAUGCCAAAGCAUUGCUAGAAUAAUCUUAUUAUGCAUUUAUAGGUAUCUCACUAAAUGUAACUUAGGUUAAGUGAAAACAAGACUUGUUCCGUAGUUAUACAUACGUACAUGUAUAUUGUAUUCGUUAUUUGUGUUCGUCUAUGGAAAAAGGAAUGAGUCUCGAAUUUGCAUAGGUACAAACUAAAUAUGCUGAUCUUCCAUAUCUUAUGACGUAAUCACUUCACACAGUUGUUGACAAAAGCAUUUUCGGAUUGUAAAUUCUUUCAAAAUUUUGAAUUUAUAUGAUCUGUUUAAGCCAUGCAUUAUCUAACGUUUUUCUUCUACUUUUGUCAACAACUGUUUUAGAUUAGACCUAAAAAUCAUGACAUUAAAAAACAGAAAUCAACGCAGCAUCUGAUGUUACGUGCCAUAACUUUGUGUUCUCGAAAGGAAACAUUGUAAUUGUAAGAAGUCAUCUCGAAUAAAAUUGUUCAUUACGAAAAAUAUAUAAAUUAUGCCUUAAUUUUACUUAACAACUUAUCAUGGGUUCAAAUUGUGAUUUCAAAAACAGCCGUAACUAUUUCCUUUUCGUUUGGAAAUUUCCACGUGAAAAAAGUUUAUAUUUACAACAUCUUAUAUCAAAAGACAAAACUCCUUUUAAAAGUAAUUAAGUUUAAAUUAAUUAUGUUAGCAAGAAUAAUGCUGUCACAAAUUAACGAAAAAAAUAUAAUGGAAUAUACAAACUUUAUAUUCAUUUAUUCGUAAUAAUAAAUGCGUGCAAUAACUUUUUCAAAUCGAUUAAACAUUUUACCUUACAAAUUCAUUAUAGGGCUGUUCAAAAUUUGUGUAUAUUUUAUAGAUUAUUUGUUGGUAGUUUUUUUGGAUUUUUCAUUACCAAGUACCACAAUAAAUUAAGGCAUCAUUUAAAUAAUUUUUACGAUAAAUUUAAAUGUUCUAAAACAAUUUCAUAGCAUAUGAGUAAAGUGUUAAACAUGUAAUGGAACGAAACAAAAUCAGUAACUGACUUAGGCGUAUGUUGAUAUUGUAAAAAUACCGCCAGACAAUAAAUUAUUUAUCACAUAUUAAUGAA